GAGCAAAGGAAUUUGUAUAUGCUACUCAAACCUCCAGUUUCAUUGUUGCCAUAGGAGGCCUAGUGGUUUCGUCUAUUCAAGGUAACACAUAAACUUCACUUCAGAUUAAUUUUACUUUAACAAGAGUUGUUAAGAUACUUUUACACUACAUAUCUGAAACUGCAAAAUUCAGACUUAUAUGGUUUAAAUUGUUUGUGUUAUAGUGAUUCAUCCACUAAUAAUGGUUUAUGGUUAUUAAGUUCAUAGAUGGAAUCAGAGAUAAUUUAGAAUAUUGGUGUGAACAACUUUAUGGAGUUUGUGAUACUACUUUCAUUGUUCUAUGAAUUCAUGAACAUUAUAAAUUAUAGCGUCUAUAGAGUGCAUGUUCUUCACUUUUUAUGUGUCAACUCCAAGUAAUAAGCUACUACAUACAUUGCAUUAUCAACUAAGAAUCAUGAAAUAUUGGUAAUUUAAUUCUGGAAAAAGGGCAUGUUCGCUCAAAUAAGAAGAUUCAUUGCGGGUGUGGUGAAAGUGAACAAAAAAGCAAUCAUGCACGAUAAGAUAUGAUAGGACACCCGCCGCCAAGCGCGGGCCAUUUAGCUGGUAAUAUAUCAAAGUGGAAAUCAUUUUAAAGAACACAAUUAGUCUGAUUUAUAUGUGGAAAUAAUUUUAAAUUUUGACUUAAAACGAGAGAGAAAUCAUCCGUUAAAGAUUAAAGCGGAAAAAAUAAAAGACUUUCCAUGAGAGUGAGAUGCUGAUAUCAUACUGAUGUGUACGAGGUACUCAUGGUUAUCCACCUGAGGUUGACCUGAUCCGCUUUCGUUACACUAUAAUACUGAUUAUCAUAGAACCCGAGGUUAGAGGCUGGUGGUCGAUCGCUGUUACUCUGAAGCUCUAAAAAAUGGGGCCAAAACUCAAAUGCGGCAAAUAUUCACCGGCGAUUACCUUGCCUGAGGUGAACGAAAUACCAGAGGAGUUGACGACUACAAUCUUGUCGAGGCUUUCAAUCGGUCCGCAUGUUGGCCGACUCCGAUGCGUUUGCAAAUCAUGGCGCCAUCGCUUCUCGGAUUCCUCUUUCCUUUGCCAGCAGUGCAGGGACGAAGCUAGCUCAUGGAUAGGCCGAUAGGGGGGCCAUGGCCCCCCUAAGAUUAUGAAAAUAAGUAGAAUAUAAGCUGUGUGAGCAAAAGAUGGCUGUAGUGUAAUUGGUAGAAAUGCAGUCUUGCAACUUUAAAGGUAGAAUGUUCGAUCCAUGUGUAGCUUUAUGGUUUUGUAUAUAUAUUCACUUUUUUGCAAUUUCUUCAUGUGUAGCUUUAUGGUUUUGUAUAUAUAUUCACCUUUUUCCUUGAUGGGUUUGUAUAUAUAUUCACUUUUUUGCAAUUUAUUGUGUAGUGUUCAAUCUAUUGUUGUCUCAACAAAUAAUAAUGGGUUGUGUUUCAUUUGUAAUUUAUUAUAUUUUGUCCCUAUGUCUCCUUUUUCUUUAUUUCUUAUUAAAUUACAUAGUUAUUUGAUUUCACUCUUGUUUGACAAUGAUAGUUAUUUGCUCAUAAAAUCCUUGUUUGACAACUUGAUAAUAAUAUCUUUCUAACUUAUUGUGUUAUGUUAUAAUUCUGAUGUGUUAAUUAUUAGCUCGUACGAUAAGUAGUUUUCUUGAGUUUAUGAUAUUUCCUUUUUGUCUGUUUAGUGUUUUCUUUAGACAACAAAAAUUUCUUUGCAAAAUGUUUCUCAUGGAAUUUUUUCUUAAUUUUCAGAAUCACUUCAUAAUAACGGUUAUCAUUUAGCUCUUACAAUAAAUAUCGAAUGAUUGUUUGAAAAAUGAGUGAUAAUUUUUUUUAUAUAGUUUUCUUGAAGUCGAGACUAGUCCAUCAACAUAAAAUUCGAUAAGUUUAUCUCAACACUUAUCGUCAAUAUUACUAUUGAAUAUCAUAAAUUUGCUUUCACCAUUCCACGCCGCACCUCUUAAUUAUCGGCCUCCCUAAAUGAAAUUCCUGACUCCGUCCCUGCAGCAGUGGAGUCAGGAUUCAGUUUAAGGUGGAUCCACCUCGAAAAAAUAAAUAUGAUAAAAUAGUUUUUUUUGAAUAUAAUCUUACGUUUAAAUUUUUGAUAAAUUAAAAUGCAUUAGCAAUCGAAAAUAUCAAGAAUAUCACUCUACAUAUAUACCAAACAAUCAUUGAUUUAGUCAGUCGUAGUGUUUCAAAUGGUGUUAUUUGUUAAGAACCGUUAGUGUCAAUACCUCGAGUUGUUGAUAGAAGUUUAAUAAUAAUUCUUAUACCAACCAAUAAUUCAUGAUUUACCUGGUCGUUCGCUUUCGAAUGAUCUUAAAAAAAUAUUUAGUAUCAAUAAAUCGAGUUGUUGGAAGAUUUCAAUAAUAUAUUAUACCAUUUACUAUCAUGCUCCCUUAUAAGAAAGUCAACUUAUACGAAAUUGAUGUUUGCACAAAUCUGUAUACCAUAUGCUUAAGAAAUGAGAUCGCCAAGAUUCGAACACAACUUUUCGACCAACGAUUCUCAACUAAAGGGUUAAUUGUAUGGUUGGUCACUGAGAUUAUAAAAAACGUUCAUGUUUGGUCACUGGAAAUAUUUAAAUCCAACCUUGGUCACCCAAAUUAGUUAAAUGGUUCAAAUUUGGUCACUCUCUGUCCAACUCCGUUAAAUUUGUCUGAUUUGGCAGUCAACCCUCAAAGUUGACCGUUAACUCGGUGACGUGGAAAUUAAAAAAUAAUAAAUAAAAUAAAUUUUAAUCUUCUACCAUUUCCAACUCAUUUUCACAAUAAAGUAAAAUAAGAAAAAAAUAAAAAAAUAAUUAUAAUAAAAAAGAGGAAGCAAUUCGUCAACAAACAAACAAAAAUCCCCCUCAACCGUGAGUAUGAACAGCUUCCCACACCAUGUUCUUGGGCACAGGAUUCGCCAGGUCCCUCGCCUGCACCGCCACCGCCCUCAACGUCUUGAUCGUCCACACGUUCGCCUCGACGAACGAGUAGCUCCGGUACGGCAGGUUCUGCUUCUUGCACAGAUCUUGAACCAGCGGCGAAACUUUCCUCAGUUGGCACCUCGGCAGCCUGGGGAACAGAUGGUGCUCCAGCUGGAACUGCAACCCGCCGUGGAACUAAUCCAUCCACGACGGGCACGAGAUGUCGACCGUCCCCCUCGUCUGCUUCUCGAACCAAUCGUUGGCCCUCGGCGAACACCGGGAUAUGCUGCAGAUCUGGAUCGUAAUCAAGGCUGUUCACGGCCAGAUGGUGGGCGUUGUGCGUCCAUUUCCAUCACGUGAUGCUGAUCCCUGUGAGGCAGUUGCCGGCGAGGAGCUGGGCGAGACACCGUAUACCACCAGCGAGAACAGGGCCGUCACGGCGACAUGCCCUUUCUUGUCAACUAAACGCGACCUAAUUUUCGAUAUCAAUUAACUAUCGUAUCUAAUUUAACCAUUUUUCCCCGAAGCAGGGUGAGUCUCGGGACCCAACGUGCUACCCUCUCCCUCCGUCGGAAAAAAUCCCAAAAUACUCUAAUUAUUAAAAAAAAUCCCAAAAUACAGUACUUAUGAAAAUAUUUCCCAAAAUACAGCAGUUUGGUUAUCACCGCUGCAAACCAAGAUAGUGAUGGCAAUCACCGUUUUUGACCAAAACAGUGAUAGCAUCACUGUUUUGGUCUAAAGCGAUGAUGCUAUCACCGUUUUUGUCCAAAACGGUGAUAGCAUCAUCGCUGUGGACAACAACAGUGAUGGCAUCAUCGCCUUAGUUAAUGACGGGGAAUAAUUGACCGUCGAUUUCUGACGCGAUCGCUGACGUGGACGCGCGCGGGCACUUCACCGCUGAUGACUAAAGCGGUGAUAGCCCC